AUGGCUCAAACAGUCUUUGUCACAGGUGCCACUGGGUUCAUUGCCACUUAUGUUAUCAAACUCCUUUUAGAACAAGAUUAUAUCGUUAUUGGAACAGUUAGAACGGAGGAAAAGGGUGAUAAGUUGUUAAAACUAUUCGAUAAUAAGAGCUUUAGUUAUGUUAUCGUUCCACAUUUAACUGACUCAAAGAAAGAUUUUGAUCAAAUUCUACAAUCUCAUCCAGAAAUUGAAAUUGUAUUACAUACAGCUUCACCUGUUUUCCCAAAGUAUUAUAAAGAUGCUGAACAAGAUCUUAUCUUACCAGCUAUAAAUGGUACCAAAAAUGUCCUAGAAUCAAUUGCCAAAUAUGGUUCUAAUGUUAAAAGACUUGUUUAUACUUCUUCAAAUGCUGCUGUACAUUCAGUUAAUCGUGAAGGACCAAAUUUUGUUGAAAAUGAGGAUUCAUGGAAUGAUGUUGAAUGGGUUCAAGGUGAGUCUAAAGAUAUAGAUGCUGGUACAGGUUAUAGAAUUUCUAAAACUUUUGCAGAGAGAGAAGUUUGGAAAUAUAGUUCUAAUAACCCAAAUGUUAAAGUUAGUGUUAUUAAUCCAGUUUUCGUAUUUGGUCCUCAAUUAUUUGAUGAAACUGUUCAUGAAUUAAAUUAUUCAAGUGAUUUGGUUGGUUCUUUAGUGACAAAUGGUAAUGGUGAUGAUUAUAAGAAAUUCCAAGGUAGUUUUAUUGAUGUUAGAGAUGUGGCAAAAGCUCACUUAUUUGCAUUUCAACAUGAUAAUACUAUAAACAAGAGAUUAAUUUUAAAAGAAAGAACAUUCACUGAACAAACAUUGUUAGAUAUAAUUAAUGCCAAAUUCCCUCAACUAGCAGGUAAAAUUCCAAAAGGUUCACCAGGUUCAGAUAAAGAACCAUUGAGUAAACGAGUUGUUUUAGAUAAUACUACAACAAGAGAAAUCUUGGGGUUUGAAUUCAUUUCUUUAGAGCAAAGUAUUUACGAUACAAUUGAUCAAAUCAUUAAAGUUAAAGGAAUUUAG